AUGUUUCCAGUAGAUAUUCCCCGAGAGCAAGAACUUCACAAACUUGCUAAAAACCUCAAGACCGGGGACACAGCUUCGUGGCGAGAAUUUGUUGAGGACGGGGAGAGGAAGUUUUGUGGACACGAGAUGAGUGUGCUCAAAAGGUUCAUCAGACGCAUGACUGGUAUCCACAAUAAGCUGAAAUUUCCAGAUAGGCUCACACGAGAUCGCUCAACAGCCACAAAACUCUGGAACAACUAUAUUGAAGCACGCCAAACGCCAGCACAAGCCGCUGAGAGAGUCCACUCUCUUGCAACAUACAAAGCUCCGGGGCCAGCAGCAUCACUCAACACUGCACGGGAGCGGCUCAAUGAGCGAAUUGAGACUGAUCCGGGAAUGAGAGCGUAUGUUCAAAAACAGCAAGAAAACGACGAAAUCCUGAAGAACUUUGACUUUGCAGGAGAUCGCUUGCAAAAAGGCAAAGUAUACAAAGAAGGGCCGCUGAGACCAGACCGGAGAGGGCAAUUCCCGCUACAACUCACGAAGACAAAAUCUGUUCGUAGGGCACACCUCAAGCGCCCCUACGUUGCAAAUAUGAUGAAAGUGGAUGACGUUAGGGUAUCCUCAUGCUUCGCUGUAAGCAUCGCCACUUCAAACCUUAAGUCAGAUCUACUCCGGAACGACCCUAAUCUGGGGAAGCAUGUGAUUAAACGAGGUAAAGAGUCACCACUCAGACAGAGUGUCACUCUUCGCGUGUUUAGCGGCUUCGAACAAGAAAUAGAAUAUAUGGAGGAGAAUCUUGAAUGGGAUAUUAAAGACUUGAAGCAAGAGAUCGCGAAGUUCGAGAGAAAGAACUUCGCCUGUCGAACAAGGCCCAAGGUACCGAGUCAUCCUCGAACUAAAGUCUCUCAAAUGUGUGGGCGCUAG